AAAAAGGGUGAAGCUAGAAGCCUGCUGUUAUGUGUUUGAAGUUCAACCACAAAACCUGCGACUAAAGAAGACGGUGAUAUUUUUAUGGGAAUCGGAUGGCAGGAAGAAAGAGCAAUUUGAAAUGCCAGACAGAACUGAAGAAUGCCAUGUAGUACAGAUGCCAAACACUGAAUUAGAUGCUUCAUCCAGUUCUAUGUAUAAAAAGAGGUAUCGUGAGAGAGAAGACAUUAGUUGGAAAUACUGUACUGAAAUAAGCAAAUGCAGAAAAAGUGGAAUAAUGCUACUUGAGUGUAAUUUUUGUGGAAGAAGAUACCGUGCUAAUGGGGUAUAUCGAAUAAAGUUACAUCUAGCACAUACUAGCAAGGAUGCAAAAGGCUGCCCAAAUGUUCCUCCUGAAGUUAAAGACCUGCUCAGGCGUGAUCUUGGAGAAAAUAAGCUAAAGAAACAACAACAGCAACAACAACAACCUGCUGCAUCUGAACAUAUACAGAUUGUGAAUAGUCGUGAUAACUCUUCCAAGAAUUGCAGAAAAGAUGGAAAGAAGAAAGAGCAAGAAUUUGAAAUGCAAGACAAUGUUGAAGAAUUACUUCAGUGCCAAUCUACCCCUACUGUGCAUGGGAACAAAAAAGAAUCUAAAUUUGAAGGGGCCUCAUUCCAUGUGAUUCUCGAAAGGGUAAGAAGUAUCGAGGCUCAACUGCAACCAUUGCAACAUCUUGAAGCCGUUGAGCUGAAAAUGAAGAAGCUGGAGCAAUUAACAAGCACACAAUUGAAGGAAUGCAAGUCAGAAAUGCUCCAGGGGUUCACUUUGCUGUCACACCAAAUUAAAAGAUCUUUUGGAAUGCCUGAAGCAAACAUGGACCACACCGAAGAGGCGAUCAAUUUUCAGACAGACGUGGUGUUUCCACAUGCUUUAGAUUUUCCUUCUUUUACCGAGUUGGAGAAAAAAGCAAUUAUAUAUGCUUUAUUUAACCCUGUUGGACCACUUGAUGAAAAUUUGGUAAUUCUAUGGAAGUCUCACCUAACGAGGUCGGAGCUUCUUUGCAUGAGAGAUGGCAAGUGGGUUUCUAGUGCUGUUGUGAAUUGUGUGGUGGAUGUACUCGUGCAUGAACAGUUUGUUAAUGGUUUGGUAAAACGCCAUUACUUUCCCACAUAUUUUGCGGAAAAGAUUCUAAUAGAGGAACCCCCAAGUCUUGAGGAGUUGAAAGCUUUUUAUCAACCAAGUAUACUUAAAUAUGAUUUGUUGCAAUGUGAAUUGUUAUUCAUCCCCCUUUGUGUUGAUUCCCACUGGUUCGUAUAUGUCAUAAAUCUAAGAGACAAGAGGGUGGAAGUUCUUAACAGUUUACCAAUGUCUGGAUUCACUGUAGAGCUUAAUUAUAUGUCUAGAAUGAAAGAAGCUUGUAAUGAAAUAAUGAGUAGCUUGAGUGGAAGACCCAUGGGGAUUACAGAAUGGCCUGUGCUACUUCCUGAACUUCCUAUUCAAAAAACCAAUUAUGAUUGUGGUAUAUUCAUGAUAUGUUAUAUGGAGUAUUGGGAUGGACGACUAAUGAAGUCCUUUGCGCAGGAUCAUAUUCCAUACUUGCGCAUGAGGAUUAUAGCUGAUCUGUUGUUGCACCCAGAAAACAAGGGUCACUCCAGAUCAUCACAAUGAUUCCAUUUGGAGGAAACCAGCCAACAGCAUCUUGAAAACCAACUUCGAUGGGUGCUUCUCUUCCAGGAGGGGCUAGAGCUGGUAUUAGUUAUAAUUGAUGCUUAUGGUCGUUUGUUAUCAUGGGGUGGGCAAUUGGUUUCUGUUCCAUGAGGCGAGGCUGAAGCUUUGGGCUUUUUUUUCAAUAAAUUGCUAUCUGCUAAGGAGUUAGGUCUGUCGGCGUCGAUGACGAUGGCUUCUCAUUCAGAAGGGCGUUCAUUUUGUCAUGGGGAGAGCAAUUAGUUUCUGUUCUAACCCGAGGAGAGGUUGAAGCUUUGGGCUUUUUUUUCAAUGAAUUGCAAUUUGCUAAGGAAUUAGGUCUCUCGGCCAUUUGUUUAGAAGGUGAUUCACAAAAUCUAGUAUCGUUCUACUUCCUGGGAAUGGCUCUGCCAAACCCGCCGUGGCUAUGCAAAAUUGUAUAGCAGAUUGCAGGAACCUAUUAUCCCCUUUUGAUUUGGCCACAGUACGUUUUGUCCUUUGUGUGGCCGAAUGCUAAUGUUGAGGGAGUGUGGAUACGUAACGUAGUCUAUUCAAUAUAUUUUUAUCCUACUGAUUUUUUUCAUUGAACUCAGCCUAAUGGCAAAGAAUUAUUAAAGUUAUUUUGUUUUUAGUUUCCAGAGCUAA